AUGGCCGCGCGAGUGCCCUCAGUGUGGAAGCGCUUUGCGUCCACCAUCAUCCCCAGAGCAGCCCCGCCAAAAGCGCACCACCAUGCGCCCAUACCUGAUAGCGCCUUCCCAUCAGGCUACGUGGUGACCGGUCUGCACUGUGGUGUCAAGAAGACCGACGCGCCAGACCUUGCGGUCAUCCUGUCGACCUCCCCUCGCCCAGCUUCCGCGGCAGCGUGUUUCACCCGCAAUGCAUUCAAGGCCGCCCCGGUCGUCGUGUCCGAGCAGGUGCUCAAUGCCAAUGGUGGGCGAGCCCGAGCGGUGGUGGUCAACAGCGGUUGCGCCAACGCCGUCACCGGCAAGCAGGGCAUGGAGGACGCCUGGGCGAUGGUCCGCGCAACGGACGCGCUGCUCGAGUCAUCUCCGAAAGAGAAGAACGAGACGCUAUUAAUGUCCACCGGUGUCAUCGGCGUCAACCUCCCCAUCUCCAAGGUCCUCGCGGGUAUCCAGUCGCUGUCAAAAGAGGGCAGGACGCUCGGUUCGACGUUUGAGGCCUGGGAGCGCGCCGCAAAGGCGUUCAUGACCACGGACACCUUCCCGAAGCUGCGCGCGCGCACGUUCACCGUGAACGGCCGGCAAAACCGGAUGGCGGGCAUGGACAAGGGUGCGGGCAUGAUCCACCCCGACAUGGGUCCCCCGCGCCCCUCCGGCCAGCUGCAUGCGACGCUCUUGGGCUGCAUCUUGACUGACGCGGCCGUCUCGCCCCGCAGUCUGCAGUCCGCCCUCACGUAUGCCGUCGACCGCAGCUUCAACUCGAUCAGCGUGGACGGGGACAUGUCGACGAACGACACGAUCGUCGUCCUCGCAAACGGCGCUGCGACGGAUGGCUCAGAGGCGCACGAGAUCGAUGAACAGCACGAUCCCAAGGCGUAUGAGACAUUCAGGGAUGCGCUCACGACCUUCGCUGCCGAGCUUGCUCAGCUGGUGGUCCGCGACGGUGAAGGCGCCACCAAGUUCGUGACGGUCUCCGUAGAGGGCGCCGCUACUUACGAGGAUGCUCACCGGAUCGCCUCGCAGAUCUCGACGUCUGCCCUGGUCAAGACAGCACUGUAUGGCGAGGACGCCAACUGGGGACGUAUCUUGGCCGCGGCCGGUGCCGUGCCCCUCUCGAAGUCCCUUGACCCUACCCGCGUCAACGUCUCCUUCAUCCCAACGGACGGUUCACCUGCGCUCCCACUCCUCGUCAAUGGCGAACCUGAAAGCGUUGACGAGGUGCGUGCAAAAGAGAUCCUCAGUGUCGAGGACCUUGCAAUCCGCGUCGAACUCGGGCUCGGCUCGCAGAGCGCAAAAUACUGGACGUGUGACUUCAGCUACGAGUACGUCAAGAUUAAUGGUGACUAUAGGAGUUAG